AUGAAUCCACUCCUGAUCUUUGCCUUUGUGGGAGUUGCCGUUGCUUUCCCCGCUGACGACGAUGACAAGAUCGUCGGGGGCUACACCUGCCAGGAGAACUCCGUCCCCUACCAGGUGUCCCUGAAUGCUGGCUACCACUUCUGCGGUGGCUCCCUCAUCAAUGACCAGUGGGUGGUGUCCGCGGCUCACUGCUACAAGUCCCGUAUCCAGGUGAGGCUGGGAGAGCACAACAUCGAUGUCCUGGAGGGCAACGAGCAGUUCAUCAACUCUGCCAAGGUCAUCCGCCACCCCGGCUAUGACAGCUGGACCCUGGACAAUGACAUCAUGCUGAUCAAGCUGUCCUCGCCUGCCGUCAUCAGUGCCCGGGUGUCCACCGUCUCCCUGCCUUCAGCCUGUGCGCCCGCUGGCACCCAGUGCCUCAUCUCCGGCUGGGGCAACACCCUGAGCUCUGGCGUCAACUACCCUGAGCUGCUGCAGUGCCUGGAAGCCCCUCUGCUGAGCCAGGCCAAGUGCGAAGCCUCUUACCCCGGACAGAUCACAGAGAACAUGGUCUGCGCUGGCUUCCUUGAGGGAGGCAAGGACUCCUGCCAGGGUGACUCUGGUGGCCCCGUGGUCUGCAAUGGGGAGCUCCAAGGAGUCGUCUCCUGGGGCUACGGCUGCGCCCAGAAGAACAGGCCUGGUGUCUACACCAGAGUCUGCAAAUUUGUGGACUGGAUUCAGGAGACCAUCGCCAACAACAGCUAAAGCCGUUAC